AUGCCCUGGCUGGAUGACCUGAAACGACUGCGCGUCCGCGUGGACAACGAGGGUUACGGCAAGAAGAUGGCGGAAGUUGCCGAGCGGCGCACGCUGCUCGAACGAUUUGCCGUGGAAUUGGCGGUGGAAGGGAUGAUGGGCGAGAUGAACGACAUCCUACUGGAUGGUGGGGCGCGCCUCGUGGUGGACCGAUCGUGGCAGUAUGAUUUCGACGACGAAGACGAGCCGGACGACGACGAGUUGGCUGACGAGAUUGUCUAUACGCUCUACUGGCACGACGGCGAACCUGUGGAGAUAGAGAUACGGGUCGGCAUCGAUGAUGCGGACGCUGGAUACGUGAUAGUGGAGGACGAGGAAGUGGACGACGAUACUGAAUCAAUUCAGAACGCGCUAUCGGCCGCGUUCCGGGACAUCGCCGACAUGGACUGA